AUGACGAAAAGGUAUGAGCUCGCACCUGUUUUUAUACCCGAAUCUCACCAAAGGGCACUACUAUCUAUGGUGCAGGCACCUGUGUUAGAGUUGAAGCCCCUGCCGAAACACUUGAAAUAUGCGUAUCUGGGCAAUAACGAAGCACUCUCGGUGAUUAUCUUAUUUGCACUCUCAGAAACCCAGGAGGAGAAGCUAAUCCGAGUUCUCAGGGAGCAUAAGGAGACGAUAGGAUGGACCAUCACCGACAUUAAGGGGAUCAGCCCCUCCAUCUCUAUCCAUCGAAUAAGGUUGGAGGAGGAUGCCAAACCUGUACGGCAAGCUCAAAGGAGGCUCAAUUCCCUCAUGAUGGAAGUGGUGAAGAAUGAGAUAUUGAAGUUGUUGGAUGUGGGGAUUAUAUUCGCAAUAUCAGAUAGCCUAUUGGUGAGCCUAGUGCAGGUAGUUCUGAAGAAAGCAGGAGUAAUAAUGGAGGCUAACCAGACGGGUGAACUCGCGCCAAUAGCAAUCGCACCAGAAGAUCAACAGAAGACGACCUUCACGUGCCCGUUCGGGACCUUUGCAUAUAGACGGAUGCCAUUCGGGUUGUGCAAUGCACCUGCAAUAUUUCAGAGAUGUAUGGUAAGUAUCUUCUCAGAAUAUGUGGAGAAAAUUAUUGAGAUUUUCAUGGAUGAUUUCAGUGUAUACGGUGAUAGUUUUGAUACUUGUCUAGAUAACCUGAAUUUGAUCUUGUUGAGAUGCAUAGAGAUUAAUGUCGUGCUUAAUUUGGAAACAUAUCAUUUUAUGGUUGAACAUGGAAUAGUCCUAGGUCAUGUUCUGUCUUCUAGAGGUAUUAAGGUUGACAGGGUUAAGAUAGACAUUAUAUCUGCUAUACCUUACCCCACGAGUGUGCGGGAAGUACGCUAUUUUCUUGGGCAUGCAGGUUUUUAUCGAAAGUUAAUCGAGGAUUUCUUGAAAAUUGGAGCCCUUUUGUUCCAGUUUUUACAAAAGAAGUGGCCUUCGAGUUCGAUGAUAAGUGUGAGAGAGCUUUCGACAAGUUGA